CUGGCCUUACCACUGGGACCCUCCAGACCCAAGGAUGACAACUUGGAGUUUGCAAAGGAGUAUUUAGAGAAGUUCUAUGGAUUCAAGCACACCCCUGGGCGGCAGAGGAGGUCAACUGAAAUGGACACAUUCCGAGACAAGCUGAAGGAGAUGCAGCAGUUUUUCGGACUCGAGGAGAGCGGUGAGCUAACCCCCUGCACACUGGCUGCCAUGAAGAGGCCCCGCUGCGGCCUCUCCGAUGUGGAGACAUUUGGGGAAACGGUCAAGUGGAAGAACAAGAACCUGUCUUACAGGAUCACCAACUACAGCCCAACAAUGAGGCCCUCGCAGGUGAAAGACGCCAUCAGGAGGGCGUGGAAAGUGUGGAGUGAUGUCACACGCCUCCGAUUCCCGCGGAGGUCAAGAAGUAAAGCAGACAUUAUGAUUUCCUUCAGAAUCCGAGACCAUGAGGAUGAAUUCACCUUUGACGGCAAGGGGGGGAUCCUAGCCCAUGCCUUCCAGCCGGGAACUGGCAUUGGGGGUGAUGUCCAUUUUGACAGCGAGGAGUCAUGGACUGUGAAUUCCACUGGAAUCAACUUGUUUGCUGUGGCUGUACAUGAGUUUGGACAUGCUCUGGGUCUUCAACAUUCAAGAGAUCCAGGCUCUGCCAUGUACCCUGCCUACAACUUUGUCAGGUUGAAUGAGUUUGAGCUGUCCUACAAUGACGUGCGAGAUGUUCAAGAGAUGUAUGGUGAGUCAGAGAUUUCGGUGAAGCGCCCUCCUCCAAAAACACCUGAGAAGUGUGAUCCGGAACUGUCUUUUGACGCUGUUAUGACACUGCAGCAGGAAUUAAUCUUCUUUAAAGACAGAUUUAUGUGGCGUAGUCACCCAAACUUUCAUCAGAUAGGCAUCACACUGAUAACCAGUCUUUGGAAGGCUGUUCCCUCGCAUAUCAAUGCUGCAUAUGAGACUUCAGAGAACACUAUAUUAUUUUUCAAAGGGUCACAGUACUGGGCAGUGCAGCAGCUAGAAGCCUUACAUGGCUUCCCAAAGGACAUCUCUGAGUUUGGGUUCCCUCAGAGAGUAAAAGCAAUAGAUGCGGUGCUUCACCUCCAGGCAGAACGGCGGACAGUAUUCUUCACUGGAAAUGAGUGCUGGAGAUAUGAUGAAGAACAGAAACAGAUGGCAGCGGGCUAUCCUAAACCCACAGCCCAUGAAUGGGCAGGUGUUAAAACACCUCUGGAUGCAGCCGUAUUUCAUGAAGGGUUUGUCUACUUCUUUUCUGGGCAUCUACAGUAUAAAUACGACCCCAUCCACAAACAUGUCGUCCAGACAAUGUAUGCAAAUAAAUGGUUACAGUGCUAA